GGCAAAGGCGGCAAAAAAGCACGACCCGCAUGUGACUCUCACCUGACUCUUCCUCUCUCUGACAAUGUCUUCUUCGAGGUCUCUCCGGUCGUCAAUCUCGCCGUUCCGGUCACGAAGUUUGACGCCGGGACCACCACCUCCUGCUAAACGGCCAUCCAAGACGUCGUCUAAGCCGCCUACUUCAAAGCUUCCUUCAAAGCCUUCGAUUUCUCCGCCGAUUUCGACAACUCCGUCAACGCCGAGCUUUGACCGGCCCGAUUCGAGUAAAGCUAAAGAGAAUGUGACGGUUACUGUCAGGUUUCGGCCUCUCAGUGCUAGAGAGAUCAGCAAAGGAGAUGAAUUAGCUUGGUAUGCUGAUGGAGACUAUACGGUUCGAAAUGAGUACGAUCAGAACUCUGCCUAUGGUUUUGACAGAGUCUUUGGUCCAGCAACAACUACUCGCCAUGUUUAUGAUGUUGCAGCCCGACAUGUUGUUAGUGGUGCCAUGGAAGGAAUUAAUGGUACAGUAUUUGCAUAUGGUGUUACUAGUAGCGGGAAGACUCAUACGAUGCAUGGGGAGCAAAAGUCACCUGGAAUCAUUCCGUUGGCUGUGAAGGAUGUGUUCGGUAAUAUACAAGAG